GCAACCCGUCUUGUUCUUCAAGUCAGCUUUGAUCUUAUAUCUCCAGUGACAGGAAUCGAAGUUGGGAAAAGAUCUAAGAAAUAUUGGCGAACAGAUCUGAAGAUGGAGUGCGUGUUCGGUCUCGUUGGUGAUGGAUUCGCUAUCGUGGCGGCGGAUACGUCGGCAGUUCACAGUAUACUUGUGCACAAGAACAACGAGGACAAGAUCAUGGUCCUUGACUCACACAAGCUCAUAGCCGCAAGCGGGGAGCCUGGUGACCGGGUUCAGUUUACGGAGUAUGUACAGAAGAAUGUGUCACUGUAUCAGUUCCGAAACGGGAUCCCUUUGACUACCGCUGCUGCUGCCAACUUCACUCGCGGUGAGCUCGCCACUGCUUUGAGAAAGAACCCGUACUCAGUAAACAUCCUGAUGGCUGGCUACGACAAAGAAGCAGGCGCAUCUCUAUACUACAUUGACUACAUUGCAACUCUGCACAAGGUUGACAAGGGAGCAUUUGGUUACGGCUCAUACUUCUCUCUCUCCACAAUGGACAGGCACUACCGCAGCGACAUGUCAGUUGAAGAAGCCAUUGAGUUGGUCGACAAAUGCAUACUUGAGAUCAGGUCAAGGCUGGUCAUUGCGCCACCAAACUUUGUGAUCAAGAUCGUCGACAAGGAUGGAGCUCGUGAGCACGCUUGGCGUCAGUCUGUACAAGAUGUCACCACUGCUUCUCUCUAACUCUGUUAUGUUUGCUUUUUUUUUUCUUUUACUAAGCUUACAUUUGCUUUUUAUGUUGAAACUUCAAAAGCUUAGUUCCCAGAUAAUGAUGCUAUGAUAUUAUAUACUUUGAAAUGGAAACAUUUUUCUUAUAAGAGAGAACAUGCUAUGCUUUUGUA